UAGUAAUAAGCUUUUCUCAAACGCAAUCACCGCAUUCAUCCCCCACUCUCCCACUCUCCACUCUCCACUCUCCACUCUCCACCCACCCACCCACCCCCCAACUGAACAAACAUUUGCUUCUUUCUCAAACCCAACACACAGUCACACACUGUCUCUAAGUAUUUACCUCCUUUUUCAUCUUCUUCCUUGCACUCAAAGUUCUCUUCUUUACUCCAGCUGGGGCUGUGACCACAACUUUUAUUAAAGGGAAAAGACUGUAACUUUGUUAUGUUCUUGAUUUGGACCAACCCCAUUUAAGAUCUUCACCAACAAGCUCUUUUUCUUUCCUCCAACUUUGAGGGCUGUGCCUGUGCUCCAUUUCCUGCUUAGGCUUUUAAGAGACAAAAAAUGGAGGAUGGAAUAGAUGCUGAUGUCUUGAUGGACUAUGUUGAAUUUCAGAUUUUCCCAAGCCAGAACAGGUACGAGUCGCAUAUCUGCUAUGGCAACAAGUUAGAAACACUAACCUCCGGUCUUCUGGAGCAAUUGGUGCUUCAUUCUCCCAAAAUCAAAUCUUUGCACUCAAAGGGAUCAGAUGCCAAUUUCAGAUUUAGACCCCUAGGGAAUCUUAAUGACGCUAAAUGGUUUACAAAAUCCACAUUGAUCAGGUUUCUUCGUAUUAUCAGCUCAUCACCUACAAUAGAUAUGGCCAAGGCCAUGGUAAAUGAAAUAUCUCAGCUUGAAGAAGCUCGGAAGUUUCAUGUUUCUUUGUAUUCAAAGGGUCCUCAGGAUCGUACUGGGAGCGACGAAGCAGCAGAAUGCGUUUACUCAAGUGGUGCAGUGUCAUCAACGCAGCAAGCAGAUGAUAACUCUUCUUCAUCAGAUGCUUCCAAGAAUGAAUUGCUGAGGGCGAUCGAGUUGAGGCUGACUGCUUUAAAAGGAGAACUAGCUGCUGCUAUCGACCAAGCUGCUGGCACCACAUGCUCCUUUGAGGAUAUUAUUAACAUAGAAAAGUUCUCUUACUAUUUUGGAGCUGUUGAAUUGAGGAACUGUCUACAGAAGUUUAUUGUGCCGAGCCACGAGAGUAAACAGUUGUCUCUUUCAAGAAUUGAUAUCAGAAAUGACAAAGUUGGUUCAGUAGAGGGCAAUUCUCAAACAUCCGGACCAUCAAAGUCGGAAACACCAGUGACAUAUAGUGCUUCCCCUGCAAAAGCUGCACAUAUGGAGAGACAAAACUCAUCAGGGAGCGAGGAAUCUUCCUGUACAAGUGAGGAGGAACAACCGUCAGCGGAAAGAAGUCGGACUCUUAUAAGAUCUGCAUCUCCGAGAAGGUCUGCAUCUCCAAUGCGAAGAGUCCAAAUUGGGCGCUCUGGGUCACGAAGAUCCACUGCUUUAACGAUUAAGAGUCUAAAUUACUUUCCCGCCAGAGAAAGGUCAGUCUCUCAUCAUGCAGCUGCCAGCGGUAGUGAUGAGGAAGACUCUGAGCAAACCUCGAAAAAGGCUGAGAAGGAUGUGUGCAGAAUGAGUGUGCAAGACGCAAUCAGUCUCUUUGAAAACAAACAGAAAGGCGGAACUGUUGAUUAUCAGAGGACAAAGUCACUAUUAAACGCCUCAGUUGGUGCUAAUAAAGCGGUAUUGAGAAGAUGGAGUUCAGGGGUGUGUGAAAGUUCUAAAGGCUCUGCUGAUGUGGCGUCUGAUGAUCCAGUUUCCAUGGCUAUCAAUAAAACGGAAGAUCAAGAAACUGAGAGUACUUUGGAAAUGAAACCCGAUUCAUACUCUCCUCCCAAUAGUCUUGACGCUGACGCUACUGCUGCUGAUAUCGAACAAAAGUUACCUGAAGAGAAAGCAUAUAGUCCAAAGGCUAUGAGAGAGGAAUCUCUCCCUAACCAAGGUGCAGAAAUAGGUGAAAAAUUAAAUGCGUCAGUUGAAUGGACUCGACAAAAGGAAGCAGAGUUAAACCAAUUGCUCACGAAAAUGAUGGAAACCAAGCCUACCAAAUAUCGGAGCUCGGCAGCUACUGAUAACAAACACCAAAGCCGUCCCACUGAGCGUCGAGGUGGUUUCUAUGAUCAUUACAAAGAAAAAAGGGAUGAGAAACUUCGUCGUGAAACUGCUAGGAAUAGAGCAGAGAAGGAUAAACAAUUUAAAGCACUGCAACAAGUUCUUGAUGAAAGAAAAGCAGCAAUUGUCUCAGGAAAUGCAAGUAAUGUUAGUAAAAAACCAAAUAUUAAGAGAACUCAGAGAACAGUCAAGAACUCCCCUGAAUCUGCAAAUACCAAAGGUGAAACUCCCAAACCCGCUGUUGUAAAGAAAGCUUCAUCAAAAGCAUCGCAACUGCCAGCAACGCGGAAGUCAUGGCCAUCUAUGCCGUCACCAAGAGUUACAGGGACAUCAACUGCUAAAACUCCUCCUAUAACAAAUUCUACAGGUACUACACCUACCCGUAGAAGAUCACAGUCAACAACAGCAGUUCCUCAGACAAGCCAAAAGGUUGAGAAAUUACAGCCCCAAGCAAAACCUGUGAAAGCACCCCAGAAUAAUAUCAGAAAGAAUGUUCCAAAUGGGAAUGACAAGAAACCGCAGACUCUGACAAAAGUCAGCAAACCCACGAAAGCCAAAGUUCAGCCUACCUCUGGAGAUUCUGCCUCCUCUGCUAAACCUAGACUCAGCAAGUUAACCAAGAAAAGCAGUGUGGUGCCUGUGGAAUCAAAGGAGGCAAAACCUUUUCUUCGUAAGGGCUCGGGUACUGGAUCUGGUCAUAGUCCAGUCAUAAAGGCCAAAGUUUCACCCCAGCCUGGAAAAUCUUUGAGGGAAUCUACGGACUUCGUUCAAGUUGAGGAGAAUGAGAUGGCCUCUGUUGCUUCUGGUCCUCUUAAUCAGCUGCAGGACAGGGGUCUUGAGGAGUUAAAAAUCCAUGAAGCUGAAGUCUCCGCAAUUCAGUUAAUCAGCCCUCGAAAAUAUGAAGAUAGAGAGAGCUGCAAUAAGGUUACGCCAGAUAACAAAGAUGAUUUUGGAAGGAUGGAAGAGUCUACACUGACAAGAGAGGUUGAAGAGGAAUCGAACAUUUCCCCUAGCGCCUGGGUGGAAAUAGAGGAGCAGGAGGAUCAAGCCGUUCCAUGUAAUGAUGGUUUUGGUGAAUCUCUGGCUGAUGUUGCAACUGUAAGAAUCUCAAGUCCACGAGUUCGUCAUUCUCUGUCUCAAAUGUUGCUUGAAGAAAGCAGUGAAGAUGUUAUUGACUGGGGUAAUGCUGAGAAUCCUCCUACCAUGGUAUAUCAGAAGGAUGUGCCAAAGGGAUUAAAGCGGCUUCUAAACUUUGCUCGUAAGAGUAAGACUGAUUCGAAUUCAACUGGUGUUUCAAGCCCAUCUUUCUUCUCUGAAGGUGAGGAUGAUCCAGAGGAUUCUAAACUUCUUAUCAAAAGUAGUUCGGACAAUCUACUGAAGAAAGCCACGCUUCAUGCUAAGCAUUCUGGACAACCAAAGUCGUCGUCUGAAGCCUAUGAGCUAUCCGCUCAAACAAGCAUAGGCAAAGUUGCUGCUCAAAAAUUGCAGGCAAGCCGGCUCUCAGCUCCAGCAAGUACAACAAAAGCAUCAAGAUCGUUCUUUUCUCUUUCGGCAUUCAAGGGAAGCAAAUAAAGUGAAGCUAAGUUCCUAUAAGAAAGCAACAUCAGCCUUAAUGUAGAGUCUUAAUAUUGUGGUUUGCAGCUGUUGCUUUCUGACGGAGGUGGGGCAUGUGUCUUUUUACCCGUUUGGUGCUUUAUUCUCCUCUCGAUAUACGCCGUACACUUAGGAAUACUUCACAAGUAGGGGGAUUACAUUGUUGUUACAUUUGUCUCUCUGUACUUUGUAUAUUCACUGUUAGAAAUGUAGUUUCUUUUGUAGGGUGAUUUGUAAUCUUUGCACAGAAGAGUUUUCUGUUCAGACUGAAAAUUUUGCAAAUAUUAAGGCAUCUUAGCUCUUUGCUUAUUUAUAUA